GCCCAGAGCUGCAUUCAUUUAAGAAGGUCUGCUUAGGCAAGAACAUCGAACAGUCUGAACGCUUGCAGUGGCUUCUUAAGAAACUACACUGUGCUCUGAGUAUCCGACACCAGAAUGGCCAACCCAGCACUCGAACCCGGCUCCAGAGAAAACCCGCUCAAAUUCAAACUGCAGGACUACCAGAGCCUGCUCAGCGCCUGCCUGAAGGAGAAGAAACUGUUCGAGGACCCCGAGUUUGCAGCUGACCAGGGCUCCAUUGGGAAGCUACCCGCGCUGAAACCCGACCAAAACAUCGUGUGGCUCAGACCCAAGGAGAUCAACAAGCAAGCCCAGUUUGUCGUGGGAAAAACUGAUACCACGGAUAUUUGCCAGGGUCAGCUAGGGGACUGCUGGCUCCUGGCUGCCCUCUCCUGUCUCACCCUGCAGCCCCCUCUCAUCUCCUAUGUAGUUCCUGAAGGCCAGAGCUUCCAGAAGUCCUAUGCCGGCCUCUUCAGAUUCAGGUUCUGGCAGUAUGGAUGCUGGGAGGAGGUGGUGGUUGAUGACAGGCUGCCCACUCUGAACAAGAAGCUUCUCUUCACCCGCUCGCUGAGCCAGAACGAGUUCUGGAGUGCCCUGCUGGAGAAGGCCUAUGCCAAGCUCUGUGGGUGCUAUGCCAGUCUGAAGGGAGGCAGUAUCUCAGAGGCGAUGGAGGAUUUCACCGGCGGCAUUGCGGAGACUAUCCAGGUGUCUAAGGUCUCUGCGCUGUGGGAACAGAUUAACCAGGCCCUGAGCAGAGGCACCCUGCUGUCUUGCUUUAUAGAGGCACAGAGUAAGAGUGAAGUCGGUCAGCAGACACCGAACGGGCUGGUGAAAGGGCAUGCCUACUCGAUCACGGGCACGGGCACGGUGCGGGCUGGCAGUGUAUCUCUGCUGAGGCUGAGGAACCCCUGGGGCUUCUUGGAGUACAGUGGACCCUGGAGCGAUGAGAGUCUAGAGUGGCAGACAGUUGACAGCAAAGAGAAGGAGCUCCUGGAUCUGAAGCCAAGACAGGAUGGAGAGUUCUGGAUAUGUGUUGAGGAUUUUAAGAGCUUGUAUAGCACGGUGGAGAUGUGCAGUGUGAGUCCUGACUCCCUGGGGGACUUGCAGUCUGACUGGAGGAUCAGCACUCACCAGGGAAGUUGGACAGCAGGCUGCUCCGCGGGAGGGAGCUCCAGCUUCACGUCCUCGUACUGGUGUAACCCCCAGUUCCGAGUGCGCCUGGAGGAGGAUGAUGACGUUGAGGAUGGGAAGCUGUUGUGCAGCGCAGUGCUGGAGCUGCUGCAGAAACACAGGAGGAAGGGGGGCAGCGUGGACUUCCUUCCAAUCGCAUUCGAGAUCUACCAGAUUCCCCCAGAGUUCCAGAACUCCAUCGGCUCUCUAGAUCGGAGUUUCUUCUCAAAGCGCCGCCCUGUGGCCCAGUCCUGUAGAUACAGCUGCCUACGUGCGGUGAGAGAGGGGGUCCGCCUGCCCCCGGGGGAUUACGUCGUCGUGGCGUCGACCAACUCCCCCGGCCAGGAGGGCAGCUUCUACCUGAGAGUGUACGCCAAGAAGGGCAACGAGUCCAGGAGGCAAGGUGAUCUUCUGUGUUCUUCCACAUACUCCAAGGUGAUGGCUGAUCCCUCUCCCCCUGACACCAGGAGCACUGUGGAGAAGCACUUCCACCAGCACGCCAGCAUGGAUAACAGACUGAACUCUUUGGAGUUUAGCAAGCUGGUUAAUUCAGGUAAGGACUGUUUAAUCAGCUCUCCUCGUAUGAGUGCUUGUCAAUUACAUAUACAGGCUAGACAGCCCUGGUUUUGUAAAUCACCAAUUUUGAAUCUUCUGGCUAUGCCUACUUGCAGGAUCUAUAUCUUAGGAGGUGUUUUACUGGGCAAAAGGAGGGUGGAAAGGAGAAAGGAAAUCUUGUAG